GUUGGCAGCUACCUAGUGACACAGAGCCUUGAGGUCAGUGCCAGUAUCACAUGUAUCGGUCGGUUCUCGGCGCAUGUGAAGUAGAUAUCAAAUACACAUUGCCGAAGUGCUGCGCGUCGAACAACUUUGAUUGCCAACAUUCAUUUCUCUGAAUUCUUUAUUUCGUCCCAUUUUUGUUGGAGACAUUAUCUAUUUUGUUAAUAUUAGUUCAAAUAAAAUGACUGAGCAAUCGGCCCUGCUUCUGCGAAAACAGCUAGCAGAGCUCAAUAAAAACCCAGUGGAAGGUUUUUCUGCUGGUCUGAUUGAUGAUGAUGAUAUCUAUCAGUGGGAGGUUGUCGUGAUCGGCCCUCAAGACACACUGUUCGAAGGUGGAUUUUUUAAGGCGCAUCUCAUUUUCCCUCAUGAUUACCCACUUCGGCCUCCCAAGAUGAAGUUUAUUACGGAGAUUUGGCAUCCUAAUGUCGCAAAGAACGGGGAUGUGUGCAUUUCCAUCCUUCAUGAGCCAGGAGAGGACAAAUUUGGCUAUGAGAAACCUGAGGAACGCUGGCUUCCCAUCCACACAGUAGAGACCAUCAUGAUUAGUGUGAUCUCCAUGUUAGCUGACCCCAAUGGUGACUCGCCUGCCAAUGUGGAUGCAGCUAAAGAGUGGCGAGAGGAUCCCAACGGUGAGUUCAAGAGGAAAGUCGCCCGCUGUGUGAGGAAAAGCCAAGAAAUGGCAUUCGACUAGACGCCCCAUCACUGUCUCGUUUAGUGCAUAUCAGUUCCCAUCUCCAUAUCUUGAGGUCAAAGACAGUUUGAGGAUUUAUUUCAGCAUUGAUUUUAAAACCCAUGACAAGCUCGUAUCAAUUUAAAAGGUUUAACUGAUGUGUUGGAUCAUGUGUUGGCAAAGCUUCAUUGACAUGCCAAUUACAAACGUUAAUAGGCGAUCACCUUUAUUUUAGUCACCAGUUAUUUGGGUUUGCACAAUUUAGGGGUAUCAGAGCAAAGCCACCAUAGAAUAAUUUAUUUUAUUUUUUAUCUGAAUGUGUGAGUUCUAGCACAUUUCGUUAGUGUCGAUUACCCUCCACCCUCUAGUGUGUCUGAAUUAUUUAUUAUCUUAAUUAUGAUGAAAUGUACUGCAUGACACUUGUGUUUUGACUCACUUUUUUUUAUCUGCCACU